UUUAUUACCUUUUUAUUAGUUUAUUAUUAUUACCCUGAAUGUUUUAUGGCUUACAAAAAGAAAUGGGAAUUUUACAAUUAUGCUGUUGCAUUAAAAAAAGUGUGUCAAUAUAUCAAUCAAAAUCAAUAGUGCUGAAAUCUUACAAGUGUACAGACAUAGUAAUUGAAAAUAAGAGAGAAUUAGAAGAAGAGAAUUUAAAGUCAGUUAGUUGUACAGACAUAGUGAUUGAAAACAGGGCAGAAUCGGAAGUGUCAAGCAAUAAUUUGAAUUCAGUAGAGGAGUUAAAGUCGCUCAGUUGUACAGAUAUAGCGAUAGAAAACAGGGCGGAAUCAGAAGGAUUAAAGUGUGUUAGCUGCGCAGAUACAGUUAUUGAAAAUGAGUUGGACUCGAGAGUGUCAAGCAUUAAUUUUAAUUCAAUAGAGUUAAAGUCAGUUAGUUGUGCAGAUAUAGUGAUUGAAAAUGAGAUGGAAUCGGGAGAUAUUGUGUUAAGCAAUAAUUUGAACUCAAACGAGUUAAAUACUUCUAGCUGUACAGAUAAAAUUGUUGAAAAUAAAGUGGAAUCAGGAGAUUUAGAAUCUAUCAAGCGUUCAGAUAUUGUGAUCGAAAAAAAAAUAGAGUUAGAAGUGUCAAGCAAUAAUUUGAAUUUAGUAGAAGAGUUAAAGUCGCUUAGUUGUACAGAUAUAGCGAUAGAAAACAGGGCGGAAUCAGAAGGACUAAAGUGUGUUAGCUGCGCAGAUACAGUUAUUGAAAAUGAGUUGGACUCGAGAGUGUCAAGCAUUAAUUUUAAUUCAAUAGAGUUAAAGUUGGUUAGUUGUGCAGAUAUAGUGAUUGAAAAUGAGGUGGAAUCGGGAGAUAUUGUGUCAAGCAAUAAUUUGAAUUCAAACGAGUUAAAGACUGCAAGCUGUACAGAUAAAAUUGUUGAAAAUAAAGUGGAAUCGGGAGUAUUAUUUAAUAAAUUGAGUUUAAAAGAUUUAGAAUCUAUCAAGCGUUCAGAUGUUGUGAUCGAAAAAAAAAUAGAGUUAGAAGAUAUCAUAGAUAAAGCAGACUUUACAAAGAUAUUCGUUGAACGUUUUUAUGAAAGUCAGUUAUCAUUCACUAAUGAAAUAAAAUCAUUAAUCGAUAAACAUCAGUGGGAUAUCUCAAUUUACAAUAAAAAAACUCUUUAUGAAACUUCAAGCGAAUAUUAUUUUGUAAAUAGUUUUAUAAAUUUUGGUUUAAAGUUACGAUGGUUAAGUGUUCAUAAAAAUAGUUUAAGUAUUGACGAAAAAAAUCUCAUCAUUAAAGUUUCAGAAAACGUUUCGUUUGUCUCUUUUCAUUGUCCCUGUAAAAUUGAGAAUUGGAAACCGAAAGACAAUAUUGAAGAAUUGAGGAUACUAAUGUCAUACUAUUAUGUUUCAAAAAAUAAGUUUGAGGAGUGUUUUCUUCCGUGGCUUCUUAUUUGUAAAAGAGUGUAUCUUGAUCUACAUAGAGGAACUGAUUAUAUAUCACAGAUUUACGAAUGGAUUUGUUUUUCAAAUAUCAAAGAAUUUUCGAUUGUAUUUCGUGGAAGAUGUUUUCAGGACCUUGACGAGUUGAAAUGCGUUCUUAAAUAAAAUGUAAAAAUGUUUAAUAUGAAAAAAAAAGCAAUAUAAAAUG